UUGAUUAAGUAUGUAAAUACAAAUUAAGUUCAGAGAUUAGAUCGUGAUGUCCAUUAAUUAUUUCGACGGUGUCGAUGAUUUUAUUCGCGGUUUGAAACGUGCCAUAUUUCUCACGGCUGCCUGCAUUAUUCAACCACUUUCCGAGAAAAUCAACAUUGAUGCUUGUGACUAACUGCAUCUGCGUUUCCAUCGACCGUGAUCUACAUUCUGAACCUUGAGGGAUGGAUUUUCCCUUACACUCCCAAUCAGUUUCAUUAGUGUGUAUAACAGCCAGAAUAUGUGGUUGCCAGGACAACGUGAUUGUAUUCAAACAAACACGCUGUUUGAAUGCCCUGCCAAAAUGCUUUUGUGACACGUUUGUAGAGAAUUUGAGAGAAUUAUUAUUAUGGUAGUGCUCAAGAUACACACUAAAUACUUGAAGGUGGACUACAAAACCACCCUUCUUUCUAAAGGCACGCUGUUUGUAUUCAUCACUUCCACAUUGGGUUUAGUUUUACCAUUUAUAUUAGCUUACAACACAGGAGGAUUCUGGCUUAAACGUGACCACUUUUAUGAGCAACCCAACGUUAAAUUCAAGGGAGAGUACAUGUUUUAUGCCACCACUAACAACUUGAGUCAUCCCAUUCUUUGUGGCACAAACCCAUUUUAUAAUGAACUUUUAAGUCCACUGGAUAUGUGUACUAAUAUUAAAGUACGUGAAAUAGACGACAAUCAGGACACCAAAAUAGAUGAGCUGCAUGUAAUCAUUGACAUAAAUUUAUCUUACAAUCUACGAAUUACUUCAUUUACAAUAGUUAUUCCACUGGAUUAUACUCUACAUACAGUUUGUCCUCUAAACAUGGAAUCAGGAAUAUUAUAUCAGCAGUUUUUGCCAGUUUCUGUGUCAAAGUUCUUCAUUAUGAGUAACUUAGAAGUCUUCCAAGCAUUCCCUUUGAACUGUUAUAGAAAAAAGAGGCUGCACUUGUAUAACCAGCCCAUUUUGGGUAACACAGACUUUAUUUCAUUGGAUGAAAUAAUAAAUGAAUACAGUGGAAGGAACUUAUCAACUAGAUUAUCUAAUAUAUUUACAAACUUCAAAACAACAAAAUCUGACUUAUUUACAAUCGACUUAAAAGUAAGAUAUGCAGAACACAAAGUUGUUUUUAAACCGAAAUUCUGGCAUAUAGUCAAAUGGGCCUGGAUUCAGUACUUGGCAAUUUAUAUAAUAAUUGCCUGGAUUAUAUCAAAAAUAAAGAAGUACAUUUUUGAUAACAAAUUAGUUCUUUUUUAUGAGACACCACUAAAAAUUAAAUAAAAUAUUUUAAUAUA